CAGAGGCAGGUAGCAGCAGCAGCAGCAGCAGCAGCAGCCCUGGCUUUGGUGGACGCAUCCAUUGCAUUCCUCCACCAUGCCGGACCCGGGCAAGAGGCGACGUGUGGAUGCUGUCGGCUCAUUCAGCAAAUCAGACACCGGCAGCUCCAUUUAACUCCGCAUGUCAAAGUUUGCAUUUUCAUGACGCAGCAGCAGCAGCAGAGGCAGCGUGGAUGGAUUAAAGGUAUGAGCAGGAUGCCUUGAGCUCGCGACCUCAUGCCAUUUACUGGUAAAUCCAUAACAUACUGAGAGAGACUACAUGGAUUAAUACAUUGGAGCGGAUACAUAAAAAAUGGGAGACCUGGAGUGUGGUUUUGAGGAAAUGCAAGGAGUGAGGCUGGGAUACCUGCUCAUCCAAGGCAAGCAAAUGUUUGCUUUGUCUCAGGUCUUCACCGACCUGCUCAAGAACAUCCCCCGGACCACGGUGCACAAGCGCAUGGACCACCUGAAGGUGAAGAAGCACCACUGCGACCUGGAGGAGCUGCGGAAGCUCAAAGCAAUAAACUCUAUAGCUUUCCACGCCGCUAAAUGCACUCUGAUAUCGCGCGAGGACGUGGAGGCUCUGUAUAUCUCCUGCAAGACGGAGCGGGUGUUGAAGUCCAACAAAAAGAAAGCGAAAGCGGUGUGUUCCCCCGGGGAUGUGGAUGAGUCUCCGGGGCGUCUCCAUGCUGACGCCGAGCUGUGGAAGGAAAAAGUUUGGUUUAGUUUGCACAGUGUCCCGGAGACUCUCACGCUCCAUAAUAAAACAGGCAGGAGGAGAGAGCUGACUCCCUGUCUUACAGACUCCAAACUACCUCAAUUUUACCACAAAACCCACGGGCGGGAAUACCGUUCGGUGACCAAGUCCACUCACAAACACUUUAAAAACUAUGAAACAACAAAAAUCACAGGGAACCGCGUUACUUUGAGCCAAAGGCACUCGUUUUUCCGGAGCGCUGUGAGCCGGCAGCCGGUGGUGCUUCAGUCCGCCAUAGCUGCUCAGUCCAGGCUCUCGCGCUCAGCCGGCGACCUACUUCACAAAAGGAAGAGGAGGCGCGAGGGGGGCGGCGGCAGGGACAGCGCGAGGCACUCGUGGAGUAGAAGCAGACACGCGCAACACCACGUACCACCGGUGCUGCUCGUACAACAACCCAAGUCCUCCGGCGCUCACGCCGCUUCUUUUGGCGCUUUCCACCUGAGUACGGAUUUCUAUCUCGACCCAAGACCUCACCAUCAUCACCACCACCAGCACCACCACCAUCAUCAUCACCACCACCACGAGCCCAGUUUCCCAGAGAGUUACAGUAGCGACAGCGAGUCCAGCACCGCGUACUCGGACCGUGCGUAUCCCGACUCGGACUUUGGGUCCGGUUUCUCCACCAGCAGCAACUCUGGGAGCUCCGAGGAGGAAGAAGAGGGCGAGGAGGAAGAUGACACGCAGUCUGAGAGUUCAGAGGUCAGCUCAGACGAGGAGGAGAGCUCGUCUCAGUCCGACUCCAGCUCGGUUUCAAGCCGGGUUUCGGUGCAGAGCAUCCGGUUUAGGCGGGCCCGGGUCGGUUCUAUUGCCAAAUCUAUCACCAGUAGUAAAGCACCUUUGGUUCUUGAGCCCACGUUUCACUACAACAACAACCAGCAGCAACAAGACAAACAACACAGGACCCUGGGCCACGUCUCCCCCUCAGCUGACAGCAGACUCGACAGACGGCAGAAAUGUGAAUUUAUAUGCAGUGAAUCCAGAAAGGACUUCGGAACUUUACAGCCACCAAAAUUUAACUCUUCUCUUGUGGGUGAGAGCUUUUUCACUGAGUCCAAAAGGGAAAAAUCAUUCGAGGGUGACCCUGUGGACGAGCUGACCCAGUGUCCACCGGGUCCCAACCGGACUAAAGUCUUUCACCCUUCGCGGAGGACACCCGGGCUUCCCAAAAAGUGCCCCUCGGGACUGAGCUCACAAUGGGACCAUGACAAAGACACCAAGCCUCCCAAAUCUGCCGAGAAAAGAGAAGCAAAAACUACCAGUCUGAAACUGCCAACUCCGCUGAAAAAAAUCAAAAUCGAGGCGGAGGAGACCUCUGUGACCGCCUUCCCCCUCUCUGACAGCGGCAGGACAGCCUGGACGCCCCCCUUCAACCUCCACAGUGUGAAAGUUAAAGUGGAGGAGAGCUGGGAUGAAUAUGAAUACCAGAGCCAGGCCGUUUCAGUCAAAUGUAAAGGAGAUAAGGCAGAGAGCUGCCAGUUUCCAGGCGGAACCAUCAAACAAGGAGACUAUUUGACAGAAAAGAGUCCUGAUGUGGUCCCCAAGUCCCCCUGUGGCCCUCAGGAAUGCAGGAGCACCCAGGACUCCCCUUGUGUCGAGGAGGGGGAGCGCAGGGGCAAAAACUACAGGGCUCCGGUGCUGGAGAAAAAGAAGCCCCGAGUUUCCAGGACGCAAACAAAACAAACCGUGCUCAGAGUCAACAAAACUGCCUCCUCUUCUUCUUUUUCUUCUUCCUCGUCCACCACCUCCUCUUCUUCUUCCCCUUCUUUACGUCCAGAUGAGCUUUCCACCGAGGAUUUACCGAGCAGACGUAAACAACGCUGCAGCGCGAGCUCUGCAGCAGCGUCGCCGGCUGCUAAAACGCCUUUCAGCCUGAUGGCAAAUUUCCCAUCCCUGCCGUCGCUGGUUGUUGGCAGCGACGGGGAUUUGUGCCCUGCUUACUCCCUAAACUCGUUGAGGGGUCCCGGGCCUCCCCCUCCGUCCCACCCCGUGUGGAGGUGGCAGCCAGGCGGCCAGAUUCUCCCUCCCCCACCCGCUCAGAGAACUCGGAAAUACUGAGCUAAAGCAGAAAAACAAAAGCUCCCAAACGUGUCCAUCUCCAGCCUUCUAACGCAGCCGGAGUCUUAACGUGAGCUCCUCGAAACUGCUCACAACUUACUCGGUGUUUAGUAUUAUUAUUUCUCCUCCCUUUUUUCAGUGAAUGAGUUUAUUUUGAAGUUUGAAGAUCUCUUUUUGGAGCCUCAUUAAACGCACACAGGACUGUGAGACAACGCGCGUGGAUUUACGCUUAAAAAACUUGUGUUUGAAAAAAGCUGUCAAUCCUAAGCAAUAUGUAAGGUUCUCAUUGUUGUGUUUACUUGACUUUUUCCUGACUGUUCCUUCUUUGCUUUCUAUGCUCGACCUGUUGGAUUGUAUGGUGCCAGGGUUUCAGUGGUUUGUGCUUUGUCUGAAAGAGGAAAGGAGUGAGAAAAAAAACAGCAUUUCUUACGAACCGGCGACCCAUACUCUGUUAGGUUUGGGAGUGAAAUGUUCUCACUAAAUCAGAAAAAAAUCAGGGUUUCCCAUUCUGUGCCACUCGGUAUAUUUUAUAUCAAAGCUGUGUUUUCUUUCAUGACUGUCAUGCUGGCCAGCUGGCCACAAUGGCCCAUGUGUGACUAAUUUCAGAUAAUUCUUAAAUAAUGGGUUUAAUAAUGUCUUUCUAUACGUGCUCACAGUUAAGCCUUUAUUGGAUUUGACAGGAUUUUUUUCCUGGUGGUUGUUGGGUUUUUUCUAGAGUCCUUGUGAUCUGGUUUUCUGUCUUGUUUUUAUCUCUGCGGACUAUUUCCUGGUUUGCAAACGUGUGGCUGCGCACAGACGCAGGCCCAGACACAACACAGGCCUUAUGUACAGACAAUCAAAGAGAUGAGGAAUCAUAGCACGUUAGCUCCCACAUGACAGACCCGAUUUAAGUCCCUCCUGGUCCACUUGGCCAUUGAUUUCUCCUGCUUAGAAAAACCCUGCCACAGGAGGAAUUGCGUAAAAACAUAGGUCAAACACAGAGAUAGAGACAGUGCCAAAGAGAGGAUGUGAUUCAUGAGUCAAAGUGGAGUAAACCAGCACCAAAACAGCGUUUAAACACCGCCUAUAGCUGCUCCUCAGAAACAAUGCGACAAAGCACAAGUUAUGGCUUAAAUGCAUUGCACUUUGAUACUGUUGGGGGUCAUGUUACAGCUUUAGGGUUUUCUGGCUUGCAUGUGAAAUAAUGUCUUAGAUGCUGAUGAAAAAAACACUGCUAUAGAAGGAACUGCUGGCUUUAUGUGGAUGCAAAAAGGCCAAAUUUCAUUAAUUUGAGUGCAGUUUUAGCAUGCACCCAUAUAUGAGUUGCUGAACCAUGCCAUGUUUUAUAGAUGCGCAAAGACACUGUAGUUGUUAAUUACUUUAAAAAAUCGAUUAAGCUUAAAAAGGAGCAUCCUACGUCGAGACACCUAAAAUGAGAUCAACUUUGAAAUAAUACAGUUUCCUUUCCACCAUGUCUUAACGUUUUUACCUUAGCCUUUCGAAUAUGGCCGCUCAUGAAUGUAGAACCCGUGCCCUGUUUCGCGCAAAGCAGAGUUAAAUCACGUGGUUAAAGUUGCACCUACAUUUAGAUAUGUAAAGCAAACGUGUAGAUGUUUUUAAUGGCAGUGCAGGACGCGCUCUGCUAAUUGGCAGGCUUUUUCUGUCUGCGACAAAGAGAGGCCCAGCUUAUGGCGAGCCAGAUCACAACAAACCCAAAGCCCGUGAAUGAUGUCAGCCCCCUCACACACACACUCACAGCACAGCAAAGGGUGCGCUCAUUCAGACGAUUGUAGGAACUAUUUAAUGGGUGAUUGUAAAAAAAAAUGUACAGAGGGUGAGUUUGCGUAAAUCAGCGUGGAUACAUGUGGUGGAGUCACGUGGUUAGAGUUCCACUCUGCAGCCACAAUUGGCCUUAUCUCUGAGGCGAUGAUUCAAACUUGAACUUAUAUUACCAGCCUGGAAACUGGCGAUUCUUUUUCAAGCCAUGGCACAAGCUGGUGUAUGCGCAGUAAAAAAAAUGGAGGGGGUUGCACGAGGUUGAG